AAGAAAUGAUCAAAAAACAAACGGAAACUCUGUUAAGAAAAAUAUUUUAUUUAAAAAAAAUUAUUUUUUUCUAAAAUUAAAUACAAUAUUGAUCUUGAACUUUUUGAUAAACCCUGGUAUGAUGUAUUAGUGUUGAUCUCCAUUCAAAUUUAAUUUAAACAUCACCGUCAAAUCCGAAUAAUCUCAAUACUUUAUCAGGAAAAGUUAAAAUCGUUUUAAAAUCCACGACCUCUGACAUUGCAAUUUCGGAGUAACCACUUCUAUGCAAUUCUCAUCGGUCCGUAAGCCUCCAAUAAGUACUUGUCAAUCAUCUCGCCAAAAAUCGACCAACGUAGUCCAUCCUGAGCGCACCAAUUUUCUACCUAACCUAAUUGGCAACGUCGCUUCAGAAGUGGCCCGACACUACCAGCAACUGACAUCGCUUUAGCCGCUCUAGACAGUCGACGGUCGACGUCACGCCAUGGCAGGUUAGAGCGAGUAGUACAAAAACAGUCCACAGCCACCCACUACCAAUACAUACUUUUACUUUAAUAUCAUCAUCUUGUGUAUUUGUUACUAACACGUGCGAUCGCAGUGCCGCCAUAUUGUGGUUCCGGGUACCUACACUGCUGACAGUACCGUUAGAUUUCGGCGGUAGACAGUGGUUCCUAAUAUUCAAACGUCUAAUGCGGAAUCUCGAAUUUUGCGAAUCAGUGUCGGCUGCUUCUAUUAGAUUCAGAGUGCUGUGAUUUUAGUGCGUUUUCGAACGCAUUGCGUAAUCAAUGACAGAAAGUGUGGUAAUCGUCAGGAGAGAUGGGAAGUGAGCAUUACUGCCUGAGGUGGAACAAUCAUCAGAGCAACCUCCUCGGCGUCUUUAGUCAGUUGUUGAGAGACGAAAGCCUAGUCGACGUCACUCUGGCCUGCUCGGAGGGCCACUCGAUCAGAGCUCACAAGGUAGUGCUGUCCGCUUGCUCUUCCUAUUUCCAGACGCUGUUCGUCGACCACCCCAGCAGGCAUCCCAUUGUUAUCCUGAAGGACGUGCGGUUUUCCGAGCUCAGGACACUCAUCGAGUUUAUGUACAAAGGCGAAGUUAACGUCGAAUAUUGUCAGUUGUCAGCUUUACUCAAAACAGCCGAAAGUCUUAAAGUUAAAGGUCUCGCAGAAAUGACUCGAGAAUACAAACCACUCCCAGAACAAACCGAACCAAAAGAACUCACCACCAAGCGUUCGCUCAGCCACAACCAGUCCCGACCUAUUACACCAGAUGAGCUAGAGGACUCACAAAACUCACCAUCCUCCGUACAAAAUCUUCGAAUAUGUAAAUCUCCUUCAGAAAGAGACAGAGAGCGCGACCGGGAGCGAGAAAGGGACAAUAGAGAUAGAGAAAAAGAUAGAGAGGUAGAGAAAGAAGAAAAAUUGUCUCCUUCAGGGGAGAGUAACUCCCAACCAAUUUCUAAUGAUUUCGGUGCUAGUGAUAUGGGCAUACACAAUAGUAAUAAUUUGGUAGCAACUUGUUCCUCGCUCGUUUUACCGAGUCCCUUGUGCAAUAGAUUGUCACCGUCUGUUAAUCAUGAACCCAUACCUGGUCCCUCGAAUUUGCCUCCAGUCCAACAAGUGCCUCUGAGUCUAAAAAAAGAAGUUGAUUGGGGAGGAGGAGAAGAUAAAAAGCCUCCCAUUGAAAGUCCAUCAGAAUUUUCACGGAUUCAAGAUUCGAGCUCCAUGGAAACUGAUCGUGAAACAGACCGAUGCAUUGGUUCGCCCGUCCCAGACCGUCCCUCAAGCACCCAAAGCAGCAGAUCCUCGACCCCCUUUGCUUUACCUUUUCCCACUCUACCAACUUCCUUUCUGGAGGUUGGUUUAAUGCACAGCGCGCUCUUAGGAGAAGAGAUGUUUCGUUGUUCGUCAUGUAUGGCCGCAUUUCCGUCUUUAUGGUUGCUGGAACAGCAUACAGCAUUGCAGCACAUUGGAUCUAUUAGCUCGUUAGAGAAGCCUUUCGUUUGUGAACAAUGUGGACAAAGUUACAGGUAUAGAUCAGCCUACGUGAAGCAUCGCGAACAAAACCACCGCGCAAGGCUUCCGGCUGAUAAACUCUUUUCGUGUGAUGUAUGUGGAAUGCAAUUUAGAUAUCUCAAGUCCUUUAAGAAACACAGACUAAACCAUGCUUUGGAAAAAUUGCACGGGAAGAGUACCGAAUUACCCAAAGAAGCCAAGUCCACUGACGAAGAUGCAGAAGAUGUCAAAAGCAUCCAUGAAAAUAGCAACGAUCACGUGUCCAGCUCAAAUGAAACUAUCAACGUUGAGGAGGAGAACAGUCCAAUUGUUGUUAAAAAAGAAGUUGCUGAUGAAAUGGUCGGUGAAGGUACAUCCUCAGAUGCAGAAAAAACAGAAGCAGAACAGGACGACACUAUCGACUCCAUAGCCUUUUCUUGCCAAGGUACCUCCGGCUACCCUCCUGAUCUUCUACGAACCUCCGAAACGUCGAUCAUAAACUUCUUAAGAGCAGAUUCGGCGGAAAGGCAACGAGAGCGCAGAUUCGCCUGCCCGUUUUGCGGGAAAUGCGUGCGCAGCAAGGAAAACCUCAAGUUGCACGUGCGCAAGCACACAGGUGAGCGCCCGUUCGUUUGUUUGUUCUGUGGUAGGGCAUUUGGUGGCAAGAGCGAUCUCACCCGCCAUCUCAGAAUACACACCGGGGAGCGGCCGUACCACUGUGAUAUGUGUGGAAAAUGUUUCGCUAGGGCUGAUUAUCUAUCGAAACAUCUCACCACCCACAUUAAUACACCUCGUUAAAUGACUUUUGCGGAUAUUGCUUUAAAAAAAGUUAGACCUAAUAGGUACCUAAUAGUGAAAUCAUCACAAAACAAUAAAUAUAAAUGAUAUUGUAAUAUUAUCUUAUAAACUGGUUAUUUUAUUAUAGAUGUUUUAAAAUAAACUUACGUUGUACUUUAAAAUACUAUAAAGUACUCUCAAUUUAUUGGUGUUUAACAAUUAUAUUGUGGCGCUGAAGCUAUUUUGUAUGUCAUUUUUAUGUUCACUAGUAUAUUUUUGAGCAAUAAACAAAUAGGUUGAACCGACAAUACCAUAUUCUGUGAUUUUUCAACAGCACUUACACCUGUUUAGUCCGUUUAUUUCAACUAUUGAACAUCCAACUGCAUAAACCUAGUACUAUGGAGUUGGUUAAAGGGCUUCUAGUGCAGCUUGUCCAAUUCUACCUCAAACUCCUCGUUGAUACGGAUACCCACAUGAAGUCGUCUAUCGUUGGUCAUCUAGAAGCCCAGAACUGCUUAGCGUUGCUCCCUAAGUUCUUUAUUUAUAUUUAUAUAGACGUCACUUUCACAUCUCCACAUACAGUCUCUACAAGUUAGCAGCGCUCUGGUCUGAGGUUAGGCAGUUCUCUUAAUGUUGUUCUGGAGCUAUUUCCUUGUGGCAUUUUUAUAAUCAACUAUUUUCAAUGGGA